UAUUGUCCAAUCAUCGUUUGACAGCGUUCCGAGGGGCGGAGCUUCUCCUACUUUGAAUUUCGGAGUCUAAAUAAGCGGCUGCGCGCGGCUCCUCCUCAUUCUUCAGUCGUACUCGAAGAGAAGAGCGAUGCCUGAGCCAGCAAAGUCCGCCCCGAAGAAGGGAUCCAAGAAAGCCGUGACCAAGACGGCCGGCAAAGGAGGGAAAAAGCGCAGAAAGACCAGGAAGGAGAGCUACGCUAUCUACGUGUACAAGGUGUUGAAGCAGGUCCACCCCGACACCGGCAUCUCCUCCAAGGCGAUGGGCAUCAUGAACUCGUUCGUCAACGACAUCUUCGAGCGCAUCGCCGGUGAGUCGUCCCGUUUGGCUCAUUACAACAAGCGCUCCACCAUCACUUCCAGGGAGAUCCAGACUGCCGUGCGUCUGCUUCUUCCCGGUGAGCUGGCCAAGCACGCCGUGUCCGAGGGCACCAAGGCCGUCACCAAGUACACCAGCUCCAAGUAGAAAGUGACGAAGGCUUUCUCAACCCCAACGGCUCUUUUAAGAGCCACCCACGGUUUCGCAUGAGGAGCAUUUUUUUUUCUCGGUCUGUGUUAAAGUGAUAUUCAAUCGGAGAAGAUGUUGCUUAAGACUGUGUUCGUCAGUUUUCCCGCUCAAUUUCCUAAGUCUGCUUGUAGUUACUCUGUGAGGAAUCCUGCACUAUAAGUAUGUAUGAAAUAUAUAAACAUGUCCCUUUCAACUAGAAAACGCAGCAACAUGGAUCAUGACAAACUAAUCAGAACUCCUAUCACUCCUGUUUUAAAAGAACUGCACUGGCUGCCUUAAGGUUCUAAAUGACACGGCACAAUCCGACGUGUUUGUUCCAACGUGCUUUUAGAUUUGCACAUACUGGCCUUCUGCAAUUACCUUCAGUAAAAUAGUUUUUUUUUUCCCUAAACAUGCACAUUUAUAUAUGUUUGUGUUAAUAAUAAAA